AUGCCUGCCGGGGUAUCGUGGACUCGCUACGUGAGGAUGUACGUAGCCAGCAUAUUGGCUAUGUUUGCCGGAGCACAGGUGGUCCACCAGUACUACUUACCUGAUCUGACUAUACCAGAGAUCCCACCAAAGCCCGGCGAGCUUCGGACAGAAUUACUUGGCUUCAAACUCAGAGAAGCAGCAGCAAAGCAUCACACGGAAGAAAAACCAAAGAUGGACUAG